AUGCCAUUUGGACAAAUUGUAAUUGGACCUCCAGGGUCAGGAAAAUCGACUUACUGUCACGGCUGCCUCCAGUUCUUCAACGCUAUUGGACGGCAUGCUCAGGUGGUGAAUAUGGAUCCUGCGAAUGAUAUGCUUCCGUACCCCUGUGCAGUGGACAUUCGAGACUUCAUUACGCUAGAGGAAAUCAUGGCUGAGCAGCAGCUAGGGCCAAAUGGCGGGCUAAUGUACGCUCUCGAGUCAGUGGAUAAGUCGGUAGACCUAUUUGUGCUACAGGUUAAGUCGCUUGUGCAGGACGAGCGGGCGUACGUAAUUUUCGACUGCCCCGGGCAGGUAGAGCUUUUUACCCACCACUCUGCACUGUUUAGGAUUUUCAAGCGGCUAGAGAAGGAGCUGGACCUGCGCUUGUGCGUGGUCAACUUAAUCGACUGCAUAUACGUGACAUCGCCCUCGCAAUACGUGUCGAUUCUGUUGCUGGCGCUGAGGUCGAUGCUAAUGAUGGAUUUGCCACAUAUCAACGUGCUGUCCAAGAUCGAUAUGCUUAAGUCGUAUGGUCCACUGCCCAUGCGUCUCGACUAUUACACUGAGGCUCAGGAGCUAGAGUACCUGCAGCCCUUUGUAGAACAGGAAAGUUCUAGCGUUCUCGGCAAAAAAUACAGCCGUCUUACAGAAACUAUCGGCGAAAUGGUGUCGGACUUCAACCUUGUGUCCUUCGAGGUGCUCUGUGUGGAUGACAAGCAGAGCAUGAUUUCGUUGCAGAGCGUUGUGGACAAGGCUAACGGUUAUAUCUUUGGCGCCUCGGAAGUUGGAGGAGAUACUGUAUGGGCUGAAUCAACCAGACAGGGUGCAUCAAUGGUCACCUACGAUGCUCAAGAACGUUGGAUCGACAACAAAGAGGCCUACGAUAAACAGGAGCGCGAGGCUCGCGAACAACUCCUCCGGGAGCAGAAAUUACAAGAAAAGGAGGUUGAUGUCGAUGCAGACGGUGAAUGGGAACAGGCUUUGAAAGAUUGGGAAGAGCAGCGUGGACUGAACUACGUCAAGUAA